ACAGUCAGGCAAGGAGCCGUCUGCGUGUGCAGGUAUGAUUGGAUACUCGUCAUUCCAAAUUUGGCGAUCCGUUUAUUAUUUGGCUCAUCCUUGUGUUUCUACCGCUACAGCUGAUUUUGGUUCAGCUUUGGACAAUACCAGGUGAGCAGGUGAUGCGCUCAGCUGAAGCUACAGUCGGUCAGUGCGAGUACAACAGACGAAUGGACUGAGAAAGCACCGCCACGGGUGUAAAGAAACUAAAGAGAGACACGGCAAUCUGACCACACAGGAGCAUCACUCACGCGUGCAGCACCAACCACACACAUCCCCAGCACCAACCCACACACCCAGCACACGCAGACACACCCACAGCACCCAUCCAUCACACACACACACAUGGUAUCAAUCCCACAGGGCACAACAUCAAUCUAUAAACCAAAGAGCAUACACACACAGCACACUUACCCAGCACACACAUACAUUAUAACACAGCAAGAACCAACUUUACACCCAUCAUGCAUACAUAAUCAUUCACGCAACAAACCCCAACCACACACACCUGCACACCCGGCACAAGCAGAAAACCGACCAUACAUACACACAAACCCAACCCCAACUAAAUCCAAAACCACGCACACACAUUAAAUUACACCGAGCACCAACAAAACGCAUAUCCAGCACCGCCACACAUACAGCACCUACCACACACCAAACAUAACAAAGACAACGACCCCCCCCAUAUAGCCUUUGAUAGACAUACAGCACCAACCGCACACCGCGUACACACGCACACACAAACUUAGAGCACACGCACACACGCCUACAUAGCCAGCAUCAAUCAGCAGGGAGACCAUGUCCCCUUGCUGUGUGCGGAGGCUGCUGCUUCUGCUUCUGCUGCCACCGCUGCUGCUGUUCUCCUCUCUGUGCCACUGCUGGUCCCGUGGCACCGUCACCCCGCACCGCUUCAUGCUGGAGCUGCUCAACUCGCCGACAGUUGCCGGAACGAGCAACAGCAACAUCAACAGCAGCUGCAGCAGCAGCAGCAGCAGCUGCAGCAACGUGGCUGUCAAUUGCAACACAGUGUCCGGUUUCGUGGAUCUGGGUACAGACUCGCCGGACUCCCCAGCGAGGCAGCAGCUCCUCUUCAACGUCUCCGCCCUGCCGCGGGGCGACACAAUUCUGGCCGCUCAGCUCAGGGUGCUCCGCAAGCGCCCGGCACCGUCGGCCUCCUCCUCCCGGCGCCCGCGAGUGUCCCGCCGAGCCGUGCUGCAGCUGAGGCCGUGCGGAUCGAGUCGCCCGCUCACCGCCACCAGGGUGGUGGAGCUUAUGACAGCGGCGGCGGCUGGACUGGGCACUCCGCGGUGGGAGGUGUUUGAUGUCCUCGGAGCGAUGGGAUCUGCUGUUGCUGCUGAAAGAGGAGGAGGAGGACCUGCCCCCGCCGCGCGCCUGCUCUGCCUGGAGCUCACGGCCUCCAGCCACGUGGACGGUGGUGCCUCUCUGCUUCCCUCCGAGAUCGGACUGAGCCGCGCCAGGCGCGGCGCCGUCGAGAAGGCGCUCCUCGUCGUCUACAGCCGGGCCGAGCGACGCGGCAACAUCUUCUCCGAGUUCGCCAAAUCCUCCACGCCCUCCACCUUCUCCCACAACUCCGCACCAUCGACCUCUCUCCCGGCGUUCUCCAUUGUCAACCAAAGCCCGUCGUCGAGAGACCUCGGCCGCUCGAAGCGAAAGACCGGCAGCAGGCGCCCCGCGGGGCCUCCCUCUCCCGCCGCUCGGCGGAAGAAACCCACGGCGAAUUUGGCGAGAGCCGGGGCGAGGAGCCGCGCCGGUGGCGCCGCUGGCUCCAGCCGGUGCUCACGCCGUCCCCUGCGCGUCGACUUCCGCGCCCUGGGCUGGGACGGCUGGAUCAUUGCGCCGCUGCACUACGAGGCACGGCGCUGCGAGGGGCCCUGCCACCUGCCGCUGCCGGCGCACGUCCCCUCCACCAACCACGCCGUCAUCCAGACGCUGCUCAGCUCGCUGGGCGGGCGUGCCUCUGCGCCGCCGCCUGGGUGCUGCGUACCCACGCGGCUCGGCCCCGCCGGAGUACUGCUGGUGGCUGAUGGCAGCGGUGGUGGUGGUGGCGGCGGUGGUGCCGGCGGCGGUGGCGGUGGUGGUGGGGGAAAUGUGGUGUACAAACAUUACGAAGGCAUGGUGGUGGAGGCGUGUGGGUGUAGGUAGUUGGGACGAAUGUGUAUCGGUCGGGUGCAGCAGGGCUUUAAUUUCAGCCGUAGUUGUCCGGGCCUGAUAUCUGGAAACGUUUUAUCCACUACACCCCCACAAUCUGGAAGACUGUGGAUCGAAGGCCCCCCUAAAAUAUUCCAUGAUAACUUAAAAUCCGGUUGGAGAGGAGUUGUGACACAGAGACUUGAGGUGGCCUGAGAUCUCACGAUCGAUGGCAUAGCUAUUUAGUGUACAAGCACACUAUAAACUAUUUUUAUUUACCCGGUAAGGUCCACUGAGCUAUAUAGCUCUUUUUCAGAAGCAACCAGGCC